GGACUGAAUUUGUGGCCGUCAGUGUGUACAUGCUCACGGUGAACUGCCACUGGUCGCGAUAUUACAACAAUCGGGAGUUGGAGCACUAUAACGAGAUAUCGCUGGUGCUGGCGCAGCUGUGGCUAGAGGAGGUGGCAACUGGCGGCACAUUGGUAGGACUUCUGUGCGGAGAAAUCGCCAAGGGCGGUCAAGCAACCGUCGCCUACGAACUUCUCACGUUCCUGUCUCAACUCGUCGACGAUCUGUCGACAGACAUCAUGUCCUUCAAUCUGAGCGAUCCAAGCCAGGUUGAGCCCGUGACCUUGGAGAGGAAGUUGACACCAACCGUAAUCUGGGCGAACUGCACAGAGGACUUUCGGCAGUACUUGAGCGAUCACGACCCCACGACUUGGUGCUUCCUGGACCUUAACGAACUCGCGCCGGAUAACUCCGACUUCGACGAGUUCUGGAAGGCUCAUCAGGAGAACGGGGAAGUACCGUCAGACGGCGACCCAAGUCGCAUAGCCAUCGCAGGGCUAUCAGAGGAAGAAAAGUCGAAAACCCGGUCGACUUCGAAAGAGGAAGAAGAGGCGUCUGCACCUGAGCCUCGGGAGGCUCCACCAGCUCGAGCAUUACCAGCCGAUCGGGGAAGAUCCGCUUUGAAUCUCGAAGUUCCCUCGGACGCCGCCAUUCGACACUAUGGCGCAGCAACCUCCCGCCGGCGCCACCGCUGCAACAUUUUGGCUGGGUACAACCAUUUCAUGAAGCAUGUGGUUUGGGAAAAAGACCAGAUGCUUCUGGAAUUAGCAGACCUUGGUUCCCCUGGGGGAACACCAAGAUCUGACUGCGAAUUCCGGCUUCUUCUCGAUGCAUCUGGCUGCAAUUCCGGCUUCUUCUCGAUGCAUCUGACUGGAAUUCUUGUAGCAUACUCGCGCACCAACUAGUACCCUCCUGCAUGCAUCUGACUGCAAUUCCGGCUUCUCCACGAUGCAACUGACUGGAAUUCUUAUAGCAUA